GUGGGACGGGCUUCCGGAAGAAGGUCAUCACAAACAUGGCGUGGAGAGGAUGUGUAUUAAAAUGGUUAAAAACAGAGUUAAUCAGAUCCACCAACACGACUUUACGAAGCUCCAGAGAGAUCCCACACUACCAACAGAGGUACGGUUUCCGUCAGGAAGCCAAACGGCCGGAUACAAAGAAAGGAAAUGUUGUCCAAAAAACUAAAGUUUCUCCCUCGGAGGCUGGCACUCAAUCUCUCCCACCUCCUCCCAAAGUCCCCCGGCCGUCACUCUUUAAACCGCUGAUGUUCACAGUAGGGUUUACAGGCUGCUCAUUUGGUGCCGCGGCUAUCCUGCAAUACGAGACCCUGAAGUCACGAGUCAGGACUGCACAAGAUGAAGAAAAGUCCGAAAAAUUCUCACAGGAUAUGACGUACUGGCAUGACUGGUGGAACAAGCUGUCAGGCUUCCAGCGGCAGCUCAUCCUCCUCGUGUCCACGGUGGAUGACUUCUGGAGCAGUCUCUCAGAGGGACAGAAGACUGUAACAGGCAUCAUUGCACUGAAUGCUGUAGUCCUGUGUUGCUGGCGGAUCCCUGUGAUGCAAAGAAGUAUGGUUAAGUACUUCACGUCCACUCCAGCCGCCAAAACACGGUGCCUGCCUAUGGUCCUGUCCACCUUCAGCCACUACUCCAUUUUCCAUAUGGCGGCCAACAUGUAUGUCCUGUGGACAUUCUCAUCAGAAAUCGUCUCCAUCUUAGGAAGGGAGCAGUUUCUUGCAUUCUAUUUAUCGGCUGGUGUGAUUUCCAAUAUGGUCAGCUACACAUGUAAAACUGCAACUAGAAGUCUGCAUCCAUCAUUAGGAGCGUCAGGUGCUGUGAUGGCAGUACUGGCUGCAGUCUGCGCGAAUGUGCCAGAGGCCAAACUAGGAAUAAUCCUCCUCCCCAUGUUGACUUUCACUGCAGGAAACGCUCUGAAAGCGCUGAUCGCCAUGGAUACAGCAGGGCUCGUCCUGGGAUGGCGGAUGUUUGACCACGCAGCUCACCUUGGUGGAGCCCUCUUUGGAGUAUGGUAUGUGGCAUACGGUCACAAACUGAUCUGGAGGAAGCGAGAGCCUCUGGUGAAGCUGUGGCAUGAAGCACGUUCUCCAGGUGCCGGUGGAUCCAGGUCAGGAGGAGGGCCUGGGGUCAGUGGUGGACCUGGACCAAAAUGAGACUCUGCAAGACCUGUUCCUUUUUUUUUUAAACUGGAGUCCACAGUUACCCAAGGAUAUGCAAAGACACUUUUAUCAACAAGAGAGUCGGAUGUUAUUGUGUGUUAUUUACACAUAGAUUGUAUUCAAGGUUAGUAAUGAGCAUAAGGUUAUUUAAUGCAGUGUUUCUCAAACUUUUUCAUACCAAGGACCACUUAACCAAUAAAAAAACACUCGCGGACCACCUAACUCCACAAAUAUCCAAAAACACAUCGUUUUUUUUUAGAGAUCGCCUGAAAAUGGUACAAACAAGUGGCCACAUGUGUGAUGAAGGUGUUUAUCUGGGCUAUAUCAUGCAAUCGAAAGUGAAACUUAAGCUCGCUCCAUUGCGGAGAUAUUCCCACGAGAGUGCGAAAAACUUUAAUUAAUUAAUUAAUUUAAAAUGUGAAAUUGUACCAAUAUACUCACGGACCACUAGGGGGCGCUCACGGACCACCAGUGGUCCGCGGACCACACUUUAAGAAGCACUGAUUUAAUGGUAUUCAGAGAUCGGGAAUGUGAACAGGUGACACUCCAGAUGUUUACUGUGUGGACUGAUAACAUCUGUUGCCUUGGAGCUACAAAUGGAAAAUAUCAUCCCUCUACCUCUUAAUCUUCAGCCUUCAAGUCAGUUUUUUUUUUUACUGUCCCUAUUAUUGAAAGCAAUUGUAUAAAACUGGACAGAAACUG